AUGCACGAAACGUUUUCAAGGUUAAUAAAUCGGAAAGACGAGGAAAUGUUCUCAUUUUUCCAACCGGAUACGCAGAUUCUUCUGGAAUACCAACCAAAGCAUCGACAUGCGCUAACUCAAAAAACGAGGGAUUGCUCAGCGCCGCCCGUGGACAAGUCUUCUGAAAUUUUGCCAGAUCAACCGUUAUCAGAGGGACGAUAUGCCCUUAUCAUCAUGUUUUGA